AUGUCGACACCGUUGUCAAGGGAGGGGAAGAGGAGUGUGCACAAACCGACUGCCACCCGGGACAAGCUGACGGCGACGACUCCUCUCCGUAUGUCCCUGAGGCGGAAAGAGAUUCCGGAGGAAAAGGAACGAGGCCCCUUGCGGAUGAGCAAAUUAACCGCCAUUUGCCCUACGCGUAGCACAGUGAGCCGGCUCAGUGCGGUACCGUUAAUGAAUAAUAGACGACCUCCCUCAAGCAUUGGAUCAGCGACCGUCUCGACGACGCCAGUGGCGCGUCCUGCGGCAGGCAGUCGGUUGACAACGCGUCGCAGUACGGUAAAGAAGUCACCACGCGUUACACAGUCUCUUAGAGGCCAGUCUAGCGUCCAUGAUGACUCUCCGGAACCUGCUGCACCUAUUUCCUCGGUUGUUGCCGUAAAUACUAUGCCGUUGGUGACGUUUUCACCCUCUGUUGAUACUGGGCCGCGAAGCCUUGGCACCAAGACGCAAAGUAAAGCAGAUGUGGGACAGUACAAUGUCCCUUUUACCAUCAAGGGACCAUACGUGCGAGUGGCGGUGGUAAGAGCAAGUGCAUCUAUAUGGGCCGCGAAUGGGGAAACUGGUACCAUUGACGUUUACAGUAGCGUCUCCGGGUUGUUGUCGACGCGAAUUCCUGCACGUACCACGGCGAGUGGUGAAAUUAUUAAGCCAACGGCACUGAAAGAGACACCAACUCAUCUCUGGGUGGGCUACGAUGACGGAUCCGUUGUGGUGCAUGACCAUCUUUGCCUUGUGCCGCUAACAAUGGGAUGUUUCCAUAAGGCUCCUGUUAUAGCCUUUUGUGUUUUGUCUAAUGGUAUUACCGUCAGUGGCUCUUCUGACAUGGCGUUUGUUCGAUGGGACACGGAAGAGAAGAAUUUUGAAGCCAUCUCACGGAUAUUUGGUGUCUCAGAAUUGCAUCAAGGCUUAACAUGCAUGGCGGCAUUUGGCGCCAACAUUGUCUUGUGUGGUUCCAUGUCCGGUGCCAUUGUUGCGGUGGAUUGUGCCUCUGGACUGCAGAUUGCGACACUUCGUGGGCACGCCAAUCGUGUGAACGCGCUCACUUUGAUGGGGAAUCUUAUUUUCUCGGCUUCUGAAGAUGGUUACGUGAAUGUGUGGAAUGUGAAGGUAGAUGAAACGUUUCCGGAGGUAAUGCUGCAAAAGAACUUUUAUUUAUUGAAGUGUAUUCCUCUUCAGGUUGCCGUUCGCGACCUUGUCAUUCACGAGGGGUCCCGUAGUCUUUGGGUUGCCUACGCCGACGGGCUUGUGGAACGCUGGAGUGCAAACCCAGACGAUGACUUUGGCGUGGAACAAGUGGUGCGUGGGACGUUUGUUGACGUUGAUGAGUCGCAAGAGCAUCAGCAGCAGCGACAGGAAGUUAUUUCCCUGGACUGCAUCAGAAAUGUGGAUACAAUGCGGGUGCUGGCAUUGGGCAGCAAUGGCAUCAGUAAGGUGUGGUGCGGCCUCCGAAACACAGUGGAAGAAUCGCUUCAGCAGGCUAUAAAUGACAUGAACGCCAUCAUUACCCAAGACACCACCGAAGCUGCUGCAUGGGAGCAGAAGGCUCUCAUAUUAAGAGAAAAGGAGGUGCAACGUAAAGAAAAAUAUGGAGGUCUUUUGACUCGUCUUCAUGCACGACGUCUGCUUCUUGCCUACUACACGAAGUGGCGGGCGCGCAUUAAUUUCAACCGCCUGCGUGGCAGGCAGCAGGAGGAAAUCUGCCUCACUCUUGAGGAACGUCACCAAUUUCGGCUUGUGCGUCGCUAUUUCAGUAUAUGGUGCGAAUUUUAUGAUCGCGAGCAGCGACGCUUCAGAAGACAGCUCACCGCGGCUGCGCUGGAGCGACUAUCCCACCAGACGUGGGUCGUGCGGCUGCUCUUUAGGUGGCGAGGCGUGGUUUCGCGCCGCAAAGCACUGCGACGGCAGGGGGAAAUUGUCAAGGCCUUUGCUCGAGUUUCCAAUGGGUUGAUUUUAGGAAAAUUCUUUACUCGUUGGAAAUGUUAUGAUGCCAUGCGACGUGGUGUACUGCCGGAAGAAAAACUUGCACUUUUGGUUGGGAAGUCUCGACAGCGUGUUCUGCGACAGGCGUAUGAAGACUGGAAAAUGUCCUACGCAAGUCGAGGACAAAAUGCAGUGGGAGCCUCUGUGGCACCUGCUGCAACCGGUGCUGUGACUAAGAGUAGCAAUCGUGCAGCCUGUGCCGCAGGAUUUGCGGAGGCUUACGCAAAGGUGACAAUAGAGAGAGGGCGUCGCCGAGUGUUUUCUGCAUGGCGUCGGUGGCAUGAGUAUCGUUGCGGCAUUGUCUCGUUGCGAGCAUUGGCUAUCGUGAGGGAAAAACAAUGCCAACGAAAUAUUUUGUAUCGGGCGCUGCUCUUUUGGCAACUGUUUUGCAGGAAACGUCGUUUCGAGAAACUCUCGCAGGAUGUUGAGGAGGUGGAGAAGCGUCUUAGGCAUGCGGAGGAAACACAUGUUGAUAUCUUUGAUAAGCUACAGCUUCAGAAACGCCUGGAGCAGCUGCGCAGACAACAAGAAGAGGAUCAGCGGCUUUUACAUGAAGAGAUUACACGGACAGAAGAGCUCAACGCUGACCGCGAGGUGCUUCGUCGGCUUUUAGAUCGUUCCGGUUGCAUUGAUGAUGAUGCAACGGCGAGGGCAUCGAGUGCCCUUUUCAGUCCCGCUGUGCUGAAGCAGCUCCCCAUAGGAGAAGCCAUGGCGUUUGUUAUGGCGCGGAUGAAGGGCAUGGUACUGAACAUUUACACGGAUAUACAACUGUUUCGUCAGAUCAAAGACCGUUUGCGCUGCGGCACGACGGCAGCCGUUAUUUUCCUGGAGGGCUUUCAAGAAGUGAAGAGGCUCGUCGUGACUUUUUCAAAGAAGCAAUCUGUAAACGUGUGGCGCAGCGGGGAGCGAUGGCCUCUGACAGCUGAGAUUCUCGAAAACCUUCCGCUGCACCCUUGUGCCACCGUUGUGCAGGGUAUUAAGACAAUGGUGGUUGCGUACGACAUGGUCGGUGCGGCCGACAUUGAGACAGUGUCAGGGACACGGGCCGAGAUUGUGACCAAUGCAGACCUGCUGUUUAUGCUCUGGAGGGCCUGCUACACCGCCCGCAAGCCGCCACUUCCCGUAAACAACAGGGUCUCUUCGCGAUUUUAA